GCAGGGAGGGGCGGGGCCGAAGCGGAAGCGAGGUUAGUCUCGCGCGGCCGUCGCCAGCGCGUGAGGAGUUCUGUUCCUGGUCGCGCGCCCGUAGACAGCGGCAGGAGCGCAGUAGGGGCCGUUUGAGGGAACCAUGAAGCAUUAUGAGGGUUCGGGCGCACUGUCAUCAGCUGGAUGGAGCAUCAUCACCCCACCCCUCUGACCUUGGAGUCCUCUGGUUGGGCCCCUUCAUGGCCGUGGUCAGGAUCUGGGGAGAAAGGGCCUGGCACCCUGCGUAUCUGCCGUACUAUUUUGCAGGUGGAGAUUCUGGAUGCGAAGACGCGGGAGAAGCUCUGCUUCCUGGACAAGGUGGAGCCCCAUGCCACCAUUGCCGAGAUCAAGAACCUCUUCACCAAGACCCAUCCACAGUGGUACCCUGCCCGCCAGUCCCUUCGCCUGGACCCCAAGGGCAAGUCCCUGAAGGAUGAGGAUGUUCUGCAGAAGCUGCCCGUGGGCACCACGGCCACAUUCUACUUCCGGGACCUGGGGGCCCAGAUCAGCUGGGUGACGGUCUUCCUGACUGAGUACGCAGGGCCCCUCUUCAUCUACCUGCUCUUCUACUUCCGGGUGCCCUUCAUUUAUGGCCACAAAUACGACUUCACGUCCAGCCGGCACACGGUGGUGCACCUCGCCUGCAUCUGCCACUCAUUCCACUACGUCAAGCGUCUGCUGGAGACGCUCUUCGUGCACCGCUUCUCCCACGGCACCAUGCCCUUGCGCAACAUCUUCAAGAACUGCACCUACUACUGGGGCUUCGCCGCAUGGAUGGCCUAUUACAUCAACCACCCUCUCUAUACGCCCCCCACCUACGGAGCUCAGCAGGUUAAACUGGCGCUCGCCAUCUUCGUGAUCUGCCAGCUUGGCAACUUCUCCAUCCACAUGGCCCUGCGGGACCUGCGGCCAGCUGGGUCCAAGACCAGGAAGAUCCCAUACCCCACCAAGAACCCCUUCACCUGGCUCUUCCUGCUGGUGUCCUGCCCCAACUAUACCUACGAGGUGGGGUCCUGGAUUGGCUUUGCCAUCAUGACACAGUGUGUCCCAGUGGCCCUCUUCUCCCUGGUGGGCUUCACUCAGAUGACCAUCUGGGCCAAGGGCAAGCACCGUAGCUACCUGAAGGAGUUCCGAGACUACCCCCCACUGCGCAUGCCCAUCAUCCCCUUCCUGCUCUGAGCUGCUGCCCACCUCCCACGGUCUGCCAAGCCAGGCUCUCAUCCCUCUGCCCCAGCAUCAUUCUGGGGGAGGAGCGGGGACUACCACUCUCCAGCUCUUGGAAUAAAACCUGCUUGUCCCUGCCAAA